CGCAAACAGUGCAAAGGUUCUCUCCGCUUGUAUUCGCAAGACCGAAGAAACGCAGCGAACAGAUAUUCCACAUUCUCAUAACCAGCCAGUUCGGGGGGAAUAUAAACUCAACCAAUACCCACAACUAGGUGAAAUAGAAAACAAGACAAUGAAAAGUUAUUCCAAAGUUCUCCAGGCAGAGCCAUCAAAAACAACACUGUUCAAAAAAGAGAUAAGUGGUAUAACGUACAGGAUCCCAGCUCUUAUCUAUAUUAAUAAUAGCCAAACCUUUCUUGCUUUUGCUGAAAAAAGAUUGUCACCACGUGAUAAUGAUGCCACUCUCCUGGUUAUGAGGAGGGGAACACGGCAGAAUGGGUCCAUUCAGUGGUCACCUGUUCAAGAGCUUAACACAGCUUGUUUGCCAGGACAUCGCACCAUGAACCCAUGUCCGGUCUAUGAGAAAAACUCCAAGACUCUUUUUUUGUUCUUUAUCUGUGUGUUGGGUAAGACCACUGAGUGUCACCAGAUUUGCACUGGUAAGAACAAGGCUCGACUGUGUUACGUCACUACCAUGGACAGCGGGCAGAACUGGAGCAGUGCAAUAGAUUUAACAGAAAGUGUUAUUGGACAUCAGAUUGAAAAUUGGGCCACGUUUGCAGUUGGACCUGGACAUGGUAUUCAGAUGAAGAGCGGCAGACUCAUCAUUCCUGCUUAUGUUUAUUAUAUUCAUUAUCGAUGUUUCCCCUUUCGUUUUCCACUUUGCGUAAAACCCCAUGCUUUUGCAUUCUAUAGUGACGAUUGUGGGACCACGUGGUACAUUGGUGAAAGUCUAAGUACAGAGUCCUGCGAGUGUGAGAUGGCAGAGAUCAUAGAUCAGGAGUCCAGAAGCGAGUUGUACUGCAAUGCUCGAAGCACUAAAGGUCACAGAGUUGAGGCUUUUAGUGAGAGCGGUGGAGCAUCUUUUGACAAACCUCAUUUUGCACAAAAGCUAGUAGAGCCCUGUCAUGGCUGCCAGGGUAGUGUGGUGAGCUUUGUUGCAAUUGAGGAACAAGGGAACUGUUUAACACCAAGUACAAAGACUUGGCUCCUAUAUUCACACCCAACUCACAGAAUGAAAAGAAUGGCUCUUGGGGUUUAUUUAAAUAAAUCUCCUUUAAGUGCCUCUGGUUGGGGCAAACCAUGGAUCAUCCAUCACGGGCCCAGUGGAUACUCAAAUUUGACAUGUGAGGAGGGCGAUUGCUUUGCUUGCCUCAUGGAAUGUGGGGAAAAAAGUGAACUUGAAGAAAUAGCCUUUGUGGAGUUUACUGUCAGCAAUAUACUAAACAACCAGUAGCUUUUUGUACAUGGUUUAUUCAUAAUUAUUUGAAAAAGACCUUGCACUGAAAAAAUACCUUUCUGGUAAAAAAUUUAAAAUUAAAUAAACAGUAAUUUUCUAUACUGUAAUGUUAAGAUUCAGUUAAAUGUAAAUAUAUACACAUUUCAUUCAGGUAAUAAAUAAAUUGUGUGGGAAGAGUAUGUUUUUAUAAUAUAUUUACCCAUACUUAUAAGUCAAACAUAUUUUAAUGUUUUAUUGUCACUUGCACAUACUGUACAUCUAGAAAUACUAAGUUUUAUCUAUUUGGGGGAUUUUUCCAUUUUCCCUUUUUGAAAUCUCUACAGAAAUAAAAUUGAGUUUAAAUUAUUGUCAAUCAUUUAAAAAAAAAAAAGAUAAUGAUAUUCACUCCAUCAGUGUGAACAUCAGUUCUGAAUCUCAAUGAGCUUUGCACAUUGUGAUUGUGGAAUUCUUCUCCAUAUUCUUCCUACAAGAGCUUUAUCUCAAAGUUUUACAAUCAGUUCCUUGGUCUUCAUAACAAAUUUUUUGAAGAUAGAAUUUAUUUUUAUUAACUUUUAGAAAUACAAAUGCAUAAUUUGACAUAAUCUUCUUGCUGUUCAAUACACUUUGUCCACCUGUCAAUAAGCUUUUAUAUUUCCUAAUUAAAUAAUGUUUUAGGCUGAGCUACAAGCCACAAAUGCACUGCUGUCUUUACUUCUUCAUCAGAAGUGAAUCUUUGUCCUUGAGAGCUGCUUUCUGGGGACCAAACAGGUGAAAGUCCGAUCAGCCAGAUCAGGACUAUAGGGAGGAUGCUUUACCAACUCAAAACCAAGUUUUUGAAGAGUGUUGACAGUGUAGGCAGAAGUGUGAGGAUGUGCAUUGUCAGUCAAGAUCCCAACACCCUUGGAUAGCAGUCCUCCGCAUUAAAUCCGAAGUUUUGGCUUCAGCUCUUCAAUAAGCGUUUCACUGUAAUGGGCAGUGUUAAUUGUUGAACCUUUUUUCUGAUAAUCUCCCAAUACUGGCCCUUGAGGAUCCCAGAAAACUGUUGGCAUCAAUUUCAAGCUGAUAGCUGACUUUUGACCUUGUCUUUGGUCAGCAAUUGAUGUUUUCAUUCCGUACUCCGCUGUUUACCAUGAGACUCCUAAUAUAACUGGAAUUCAGAUAAUUUUUGACUCCCCCUUGCACUUUCUGGGUGCACUGUAUAUUGCAGGGCAAAUUAACGAUUUGAAUCAGUUUACAGGUUUUAUUCUUUAUUCAGCAGGUUGGCCCAGAUGGAUUUCUGCGUUCAGCUGUUGUAGUACGACUUGCCAUCCUGUAUUGUAUACAGACUGUUCUAUGAGCAGGCACGCACCUGCCAGAGCAUCAAAAGCUGGUGUGAUGGCCUCCUGUGGGUGUAUCAUAGGUACCAAAGGAGGGUCCAUGCUUAAUAAUUAAUAUCAGAUUGAAUGUUCUGCAAUGAAACAAAUCAAUAUACAUGCUAGCAGUUUUCAAGGGUAAACCGAAAUGUGGUACACAUUUCACGAGAGUGAGUAUGGCCAUGGUGCUUUGGAUGGGACAGCAUGACACUCUAACCAAUCCGUAGCUAUGGAGCCCCAUGUGGGGUAUCCUUCACUCCCCAUGCAUAUCAGUGAGCUUUGCACCCUAUUGCCGGUUCACAAGUUGUCCAUCCAUGGACCAGUAUUGGUAGGAACCACAUACGAGGAACAUCCCACAAGACCUGCCAUUUUUUAGAUGCUUUGACCCAGUCAUCCAGCAUCAUAAUUUGGUCCUUGUCGGAUUGCUUACAUUCUUACAAUUUCCCACUUUUUCUGUGUCCAACACAUUACCUUUGAGAACUGACUGUUUCCUUGCACCUUAAUACUUUAUAUCCCACCCCUUGACGGAUGCAAUUCUAACAAAAUAUUCAAUGUUGUUUAUUUUAUCUGUCAAUUCUAUUAACAGGACACUGAACAGUACAGCAGUUAGGGAAGACAUCAUGUUGGAAGAUAGGUUGGUCUAGCACUGCAAUGUUGGACUCAUUGAGGCAAGUGGAAAUCAAUACAUACAGAAGGAUGAGCUGAUGAGAGGGCUCAUGCUUUGAGAUAAAUCAUAAAUCCGUAACUACUAGACUUCAAAACGUUUAGAACUCAAGGUAUUAGUCAAGGUCAGUCACAAGUUGCUCUUGUUGAUUUAAAAGUUGGAGUGUGCUUCACACGCUUUUGUCGAGAGAUCAUCUACAAAUGGAACAUUUGAGGGGAGUUUGUUCUAUUUUUUGGUGAAGUAUGUACUUUAUAUAGUUCAUAGAGAAAGGGAAAAUAUUUGUAAAACCUCGGAUCUCAUGAGACUGUUGUGUUCAACUGUGUGAUUGUGAUGACGUUUAAAUAAAUAUUUUAAUUGUA